AUGAUCAAAUAUUUUGCAGUAACCGUAGUUCUUCAACUGUUGUUGAGGUAUGAAACAGAUUCAAUUGUUGUACAAAAACAAAUUAAUGGAAUACUCAACGAAGGUAAGGUGGUUGUAUUUAGCAAUGACAUUGAUGUUGAAAAACAAAAUCUCGAAAUUCAGUAUGAUAUAACACAAGCGCCGAAUAUUACGGAUUAUUCAAGUGAACGACAAGCAAUUCAAUGGUUGACGUGGUAUAUCAGUAUCGCUCAAAAAGCCAUUAAAAUAUCAACAGUGUUAAACUUUAAUUAUAUGACCAAUAUUACACGUGAAAAUUUGCAAAAAUAUGUUGCACAAAAGGAAUUCAUGAGUCCGUUUAAUCGUCAAACCUUGCCUAUCAUGAAACGAUUUAAUCAUUUCAUGCAAUAUUCAACGAAUUAUGAUUUAAAGAGAAUCUAUAGUCGUGGAGCUCAUGGUACAAUUACUGUAGAUGACCAAUAUAUUGAAAAAACUAGUAAAUUACGUUCACAAAUGUUAAAUAUCUAUUCGACAACGACAGUUUGUGAUAGACUAAAAUGUUAUCCACUCACACCAGAUUUAGACGAAAUGAUGCAUGUUGAAAAAGAUUAUGAUCGUUUAUUGUGGGCAUGGAAGGGUUGGCAUGAUAGAUGUGGAAAUAAGGUUCGCCCAUUAUAUGUAGAUUAUAUCGAUUUGUUAACAAAAAAUAUUCAAGAAAACGGUUACACUGAUUUAACCGAAAAGUGGAUGGAACCUUGGGAGACUGAUAAUUUUGAAGAUAUGCUAGAUCAAUUAUUAGACGAUGUAAUGCCAUUAUAUAAACAAUUACAUGCUUAUGUUCGAGGACGACUAUGUGAGCUAUACCCGUAUCGAUUUAAUUGUAAUGGACCUAUACCAGCACAUAUACUAGGUAAUAUGUGGAGUCAACAAUGGCAUGAGCGCUUAGACGAUUUUUUACCAUAUUCAAAAACACGUCUAGCUGAUAUGACAAAAAUUUUACAAAGGAAAAAUGUUACAAUUCAUCAGAUGUAUCUAUUCGCUGAAAAUUUCUACACAUCAAUCGAUCUUUAUUCUAUGACAGAAAACUUUUGGACAAAAUCGAUGUUUGAAAGACCCAAAGAUCGUAAUGUUGAUUGUAAAGCGUCAGCAUUCGAUAUGCGUAAUACCGAUGAUUAUCGGAUUAAAAUAUGUACAGAAGUAGACGAUAACAACUUCUAUAUUGUUCAUCAUGAAAUGGGACAUAUUGAGUAUUAUAUGGCUUAUAGUAAAAGUCAACCAUAUGUGUAUCGUGAUGGAGCGAAUUCGGCAUUUCAUGAAGCAAUUGGAGAUACAAUCGGCAUGUUCGCUAUAUGUCCGACACAUGGAGCAUCAUUAGGUUUGAUUGAUGAGAAUAUUAUCGACGAAAAAUAUGAGAUAACUUAUCUAAUGCGUACGGCUCUACAGAAAGUGGCAUUUCUUCCCUUCGCUUAUGUUAUGGAUAAAUAUCGGUUUGCACUAUUUCGUAAUCAAAUUGACCGUUCGAAAUUAAAUCGUGCCUGGUGGGAUAUGAAACUGAAAUAUGGAGGCAUAAUGCCGCCCGUCGAACGUUCGGAACAAAAUUUUGAUCCUGGUGUGAAAUAUCAUAUGUUGGCGAAUGUGCCCUACUCACGAUAUUUCCUCUCAUACAUUCUCCAGUUUCAGUUUUAUCGAGCUCUUUGUAAAAUUGGCCAAAAUGAAGGGCCUCUACACUUGUGUGAUAUUUAUCAACAGAAAGCCGUCGGAGACCAAUUUCGUCGAAUGUUAGCAAUGGGCAAUUCUCGUCAUUGGUCUGAAAUACUUGAAGUGUUCACCGGUGAAACCACAUUUCGGUCAGAAGCGAUUUUAAUUUAUUUUCAACCUUUAUACAAAUGGCUUAUAAAGGAGAACAUCAGACGAGAUUAUCCUGUUGGAUGGUAG